GUGGUGUGGGGGUACGGCUGUGGGGCUGUUGUAGGGAUACAGGGGGUCGUGUGAGGGCUGGGGUCAGCGUGAGGCCUAGGGCCGAUAUGGGGCCUGGUGUGAAUUGAGGCCUGUGGGGGCCUGCGAGACCUGGGGGGUCACUGCAAGGCCUGGGAGGGCUGCGAGGCCUGGGGUCACUGCGAGGCCUGGGGUCACUGCGAGGCCUGGAGUCACUGCAAGGCCUGGGGGGGCUGCGAGGCCUGGAGGCCUGCAGAUGGCCGGGCACCCACUGUGUGCCGUGAGGAGCAGCCCAGCGCCAGGCAGCACGUCCCCCCCUGCGGCCUCAAACACCCGAGGAGAGCACGCUCCUUGCUAAGGGCUCCCCCAGCAGCACGGUGCGCCUUUCUGCUUGGCUGCAAACCCGCCCCAGCGGAAUCCUGCCUUACGCCAAACCCGCCCUCCUGCUGCAGCCCCUUCCCUUGCAGCUGCCGGCUCCGCGCUCAGUCUGUGCUGCUGCCACGCGUGGCUCUGGCGGCCGAACGCAGGCGGCAUAUGGUGUGUGACAGGGAGCUGGUGGCGGCAGAUUUUGGGUUCGUUUUGAGAGACAAACACGGAUAAACACAGGCUUUUGCUGUUUAAAAACUGACUCAUCAUUUUCCUACAACAAAACGUCAAAAUCUGGAGGCUCCUGAGGCAGGAGAGCGGCUGCUGUUUGAUUACCUGCCCUGGAGCAGCACCGGGAUUUUGUCCAUCUGUGUUUCUGUGAACCUGCAGCUGCAAAUCGACGUCCCGUAAGGCUUUGGGGCCCAUGUUUGGGGUGGAGAUGGUGAGGAGGCUUCAACCCCUACGGAUCGUGUAUCUUUGUAGAGCCUACACCUCUGCGGAUUCCAUACCAAUGGAGCCCAUGCCUCUGUCACUCACACCUCCCACCUGGGGGUGCAUUCCUGAGCCCCACACGGUGUGCUUCCCGUGGUGCUGAGGGCACAGCUCUCACCCCACAUUUGGACCAUCGCAGCACGGUGCUGGGGCCAGGCAGCCCCCGUUCCCAUCUUCCCUCACUGCAGCUCCAGCAGUGACACCGCGUUUGCAUUCUGCUCCCACGCAGCUCUGGGAUGAAUGCAGCGCUCAUCCUCUGCCCCCACCACCUCCACGCUGUCCCCAGCACAGCCACCUCCAGCUCCCAGCUGAUCCACAGCCCCCCCUCUCGGGGCUGCACCCCCGGUUCGAGGGGCUGCAGAUGGGCCCCUGUUUGCAUUUGGGGCUGUGCCACCCAUCCGGCUGCACAGGUGCCGUCGUCGGCACCUUACGGUGAUGGAUGGGGUCUAAGAAUGGAAAACGUGGCGUCAGCUGUUCUGGGCACAUUGUCUGGGAGCGCAGAGGGUGGGGGCACCCCCAGGAAUUCGGAACUUUCCAACAGCUGGUGGCUGCUGUGUGAUCAGUAGGGGAGGUGUGGGAGCCAUAGGGGGGACCCCACAGUGGGUGGGUGGGCUCUGGGGGGGGGAGGAAGGGGCACGGAUGGCUCAGCUGGGACCCCCCCCACUCCAGGGAUGGCUUGGAAGCCAGGUUUAGCCCCAGACUUUGGGGAGAGAGCUGUGCCCCCCCCAUGUUGUUUUCUUUUUAUUUUCGGGGAGCUCCCCGCAGCGAGGUGCAGGCUGCGUGCAGGUCAUUGCUGCCCCCCCUCCCACUGUAUUUAUAUUUAUAUAUAUAAGCUAUUUAUUUUGGGGGUGGAGGGAGAAAUCCUUCAUCUCUCCCCCUCUUUUGGGGGCCCCUUUGGGGGUGCCCUCUUCUAAAGGAAGGAGGGAAGGAAGGAAAGAAGGAGGGGAGAGAAGGGAGGGAAGCAUCCCGCAUCCCUCCCAGCAGCGCGGUGGGAGCGGCCGGGGCGGAGGCAGCGACCGCCCCCCCCCUCUCCUUCCUCCUCCUCCUCCUCCUCCUCCUCCCCUCUCCGCACGCCGGGGCCGCCCGCCCGUCGCCGCGGGGGUCGGUGCGGCGGAGGCCGAUCUCGGGCCCCGCGCUGCCCCGAAAGCUCCAUGGUGCGGGAGGGGGGCAUGGCGCGCCCGCCCUACAGCUCAGCUCAGGACAUCCAGAUGGACGUCUUCGACAACGCAGCCCUCCAGAGCAAGUACAGCAAACGCAAGAGCCGCUUCAAGCGCUCCGAUGGCAGCACCUCGUCUGACACCACCUCCAACAGCUUCGUCCGGCAGGGCUCAGCUGAGUCCUACACCAGCCGCCCCUCGGACUCGGAUGUGUCACUGGAGGAGGACCGCGAGGCGCUGCGCAAAGAGGCUGAGCGCCAGGCACUGGCACAGCUGGAGAAAGCCAAGACGAAGCCGGUAGCAUUUGCUGUCCGGACAAAUGUCGGCUACAACCCAUCGGCCAAUGAUGAUGUGCCCGUGCAGGGCAUGGCCAUCUGCUUUGAGCCCAAAGACUUCUUACACAUCAAGGAGAAGUACAACAACGACUGGUGGAUCGGGCGGCUGGUGAAGGAGGGCUGCGAGGUCGGCUUCAUCCCCAGCCCUGUCAAACUGGAGAACAUGCGGCUGCUGCAGGAGCAGAAGAUGAGGCAGAACCGACUGAGCUCCAGCAAAUCAGGUGACAACUCCAGCUCCAGCCUUGGUGACGUGGUGACGGGGACACGCAGGCCCACCCCUCCAGCCAGUGCGAAGCAGAAGCAGAAAUCGGCUGAGCAUGUGCCACCCUACGAUGUGGUUCCCUCCAUGAGGCCCAUCAUCCUGGUGGGACCAUCGUUGAAGGGCUAUGAGGUGACAGAUAUGAUGCAGAAAGCACUGUUUGAUUUCUUGAAGCAUCGCUUUGAUGGCAGGAUCUCCAUCACGCGGGUGACGGCCGACAUCUCCCUCGCCAAGCGCUCUGUGCUGAACAACCCCAGCAAACACACCAUCAUCGAGCGCUCCAGCACACGCUCCAGCCUGGCUGAGGUACAGAGCGAGACGGAGCGCAUCUUUGAGCUGGCCCGGACCCUGCAGCUGGUGGCCUUGGAUGCUGACACCAUCAACCACCCGGCCCAGCUGGCCAAGACCUCCCUGGCACCCAUCAUCGUCUACAUCAAAAUCGCCUCCCCAAAGGUGCUGCAGCGGUUGGUGAAGUCCCGGGGCAAGUCUCAGGCCAAGCACCUCAACGUGCAGAUGGUGGCCUCUGACAAACUGGCGCAGUGCCCGCCUGAGAUGUUUGACAUCGUGCUGGAUGAGAACCAGCUGGAGGAGGCCUGCGAGCACCUGGCCGAGUACCUGGAGGCCUACUGGAAGGCGACGCACCCCCCCAGCAGCAACCCCCCCAACCCGCUGCUCAACCGCACCAUGGCCACAGCCGCGCUGGCCGCCAGCCCUGCGCCCGUCUCCAACCUGCAGGGUCCAUACCUGGUGCACGGGGAGCCGCCGGGCGAGGGGAACGUCCGGGAGGGGGGGCCCAUCCCACCGCCUGCCCGCUCGGCCCCCCCCCGCCGCCUGUCCCGCCAGGACACCUUCGACUCGGAGACCCCCGGCAGCCGGGAUUCAGCCUGCACAGAGCCCGGCAAUUCUUGCAUGGACGUCGAGACCGAUCCCGGUGAGGAGGACCCCCGUGCCCCCCCUGGUCCCCGCGGUGCGUGGGAUGAGGAGCGGGGCCGGGGACCACGGGGACGUGCCAAGGGCCACGACCGCUACUGCCCAGAGCCACCGGAGCCUUUGGGUCUGGACCAGAGUGACACAGAGGGCUGGGGCCAGGAGGUUUACAUCCGCUAGGGUGGGGGGGUGUAGGCAGGGAUGCCCCCCCCCCAACCCCAGUGCUGGCUUUAGGGCCAGGGGUUGCACCCAGCUGGGUGUCUUUGCAGGCCACGUGCCCAAAGCCUGUUCAGCUGUGCCAUGGGGUGUCCCCCACCCCACUCUUGGUAUUAAGGGGGGAGUCUCCCACCCACCGCAGCCCCCCCAGCAUCUUGCGGUGCCUCGGGCUUUUCCUGUCCCACAGGGAGAGCGAGUGACCAAAGGGGACGUGCCUGUGGCUGGUGUAUCCCCAUCCCCUACGGCACAGGGUUGGGGGCUGCGCUCUCCCCAAUACCCAGCCCUUGCCUGCUGCCUGCAGCCCCCUCCCCAGGGUGCACCCGCUUCUCCAUGGUGCUCUUUGCCACCCUGCUGCAGGGGAACCCCUGAGCUGGUGGUGGAGGGGUUCCCUGCCAGCUGUCCCCUCCCCAGCUAGUGCCUGCCCCACAGCUGUGGGAGGGGUGCAUGCGUGUGCUGUGUGUGCAGGGUUUUGGGGUACCCACUGAGUGCUGCCUGCCUGGGGAGGGGGGGGCAUGGUUUUUGCAUGUGUUUGCAUUGGAGUGGGGGAGGAUUUUGCCUGUUUUUGGUGGUGGGGGGGAAAUCUGAGCCAAUUGGGGUGGGGGGGUGUCUAACAUGUGCUAACAGCUGCCCCAGCCCUGGCCUGCCACAGUGCCCAGCAGGUCCCGGGGGGUCCUGUGCUACCCCCUCCCCCUUCCUCUUUCCCUGGGACCAUGGGAACACACCGAGCAGCACCAGGCCCUGGCCCCUACCAACCCCCUCUGUGCCACCUCCUCUCCUUGCCUGUCUGCUCUUUCCCCAUCCAGCUGUGUCUGUCUGUCUGUGUGCCUGUCUGUCUGUCCCCCACCCCAGUUCCCCAGGGCACUGCCUUCACCUGUGCCCACCCUGGGGUGUCCCUUAUCCCUGUGCCCCCAUGAGAGUCACAGCACUGGGGUGGGAACACCCCGUGGCCAACCCUUGCAGCGGGGCUGGGCUCACCUUUCGCCCCCCACCUUGGGGUGAUGCUGGGGGGGCCCUGGGGUCGCUGCCUUACCCACACCACCAGCCUUGCCAGCCCGGGCUGGGGGGGGCUCCAGGGUGCUCAGCUCUGUUGCUGCCAAACCGCCUCCGCCCGUUGUGUGCCUCAGUUUCCCCUUUUUUGCUGGGGGGAACUCAGUGUCACUGCCUGCCAAGUGCUUUGAGACCCGCCUGCCCCGGUGCUUGCCCCCACCGGGGCCGGGCAGCUGGGCCCCCCCCACCCCCCAGCUCUCCUGAAGGGCAGAGGGACGUCCCAUAUUUAUGUCAUCCCACAAACUUUAUUUAAAGACCCCGACAAAGUGUAUUUUAUUUAUUUAUUCUCCUUGGUGUGUGGGGGGACUCGCCCCGCUCGCUUGGUUCUUUGUAAUAAACAUUUCGGUGAGAUCUCCCCGUGGCUGUGCCUGGUGGGGCUGCACAAGGAGGGUGGGGGGCUGAGACCAAGCACAGCUUUGCUCUGCAGUGACUGCAGCAUCUCCUGGAGGGGGUUGGAAAUGGCCAGGACCUGCCUGGCUCCUGGGGAGGGACACGUCCUGCAAUGGGGCUGUACAUGCUAUUUACAGGCAAUAAAUACAGCGCUGCUGGCUCAGGGCUGCCGGCAUCUCCACUCGCUCUUCUCUGGCCAAUACUCAAAUG